AUGCCUUAUAAUACUACUGCCAUCCCCCCUAGAAAGGAGCCGACUGGUCAGACCCAGCUUCCACUCUCAAGAGUAAAGAAGAUCAUUUCCCAGGACUCGGAAAUUGGCAUCUGCUCCAACAAUGCCGCCUUCGUCAUAACGCUUGCCGCCGAAAUGUUCGUCCAGCAUCUCGCCGACGAGUCCCACACUCAAGCCAAGCUCGAGCGCAAGCCUCGACGAAACAUUCAGUACAAGGACGUUGCCAACGCCAUCUCUCACCAAGACAACCUUGAGUUCCUCGAGGACGUCGUCCCUAAGACUGUCCCGUACAAGAAGGUCAAGGCUGCUGCUAGUGCCACCCAGGCUCGCCUUCGCGGCGAGAAGACCGCCGAAGCGAAGUCGCCUGCAGUAAAGACCCCCGUUGCCAAUGGUACUAGCAAGUCCAUCGUCAACGGUAACGGAAGCCCCUUCACUGUGACCCCCCGCACUGAAGAGCGACAAGAUGAUCCCAAUGCACAGCUGGAACUGGAGAUGAGGCAGGCGGCUGGGCAAACCCGGGAUGGUGACGUGACCAUGACGGGCUAG